AUGAAAUGGGUUAAAGAGAACAUUGCAUAUUUUGGUGGAAAUCCAAAAUCAAUCACCGUAUUUGGUGAGAGUGCUGGAGGAGCGAGUGUCUCAGCACAUACGUUAUCUAAAGGUAGCUGGGAGUUGUUUGACAGAGCUAUUUUGCAAAGUGGAAACAUGCUUAUGCCGUGGGCGAUUAUGACAGAUUCCCAAAUCAAAGAUGUAUUAGAAUGGUUUCUAGGAGAAGUUAAUUGCAACAAUGAUGAAAAUGUGCUUGAAUGUCUACGAAAUGUGACUGAAGACACAUGGAAAAGAGCGGAGAAUAGGCAACAAUUUUGGGGAAUAUGGACUGGCCCUAAUGUUGAUGGAGAAUUCAUUGCUGAUAAACCACAAAAAAUAUGGGAGGACGGAGACGUCAAAAAACAAGAUAUAAUUAUUGGAAUUACUAAAGAUGAGAUGUUUCUGGACCAGCAAUAUUUAUUGCUAAAGUCUACGAACAUAAGCUUUUAUUUGAAACAUUUCGAGGAAUUACUAAAGAAGCAUUUCAAGAAUUCAUCCGAAGCGGUGCAUGAGAAAGCGAGAGAAUUGUACCUACCGAAAUGUAUUCCUUCCUAUUUGGAAGCGUUAAAACCGAGCGUGGCAUUUGAAUCAGAUCGAAUGAUGAUUUGUGGGAGCAGACAGGAGGCUAAACUAAGAUCUAAACACACGAGUACUACAAAUAUUUAUGCAUUUCAAUAUUCUCACGCCCCAUUGGUAAACUAUUUCAUUUUGUACCCUUAUGGAGUAUUUGGAUUUGCCGCCCAUGGACUCGAUAUUAUAGUAAGAAAUUCUGCUUUUUAUUCUAAUUAAAUGCAAGACUUGCGAAUUGAUUUAUGCAAUGAGUGGAAGAGUCAUCAUAAAGGGCGAGACAUGAAUCCAUAACCCUCCGAGACAAAAGAAAUUAUGGUGGAUUUUUAGACAGAAUAAUACAUUUCAAAAUCUAAUCAUUUUUGAACAAGUAAUAUCAUGCAGUAACUGAUAGUGAUCUCUCCUUGUAUUUUAGUCGGUGUUUGGUUCGCCAAUUAAUGAUACGAAGUUCCGGUCUGAUGAUCGAACACUCUCUUUGAGAAUGAUAUUAUAUUGGACAAAUUUUGCUAAAACCGGGUAAGUUUCAACGUUUACUCCCGAUGGGCGUAUUUUUGUCAAGGGUUACGGUUUAGCGAGCGACACUCAGAACAUUUAUCCUAGGUUUCAAUUUCAUUUUCCCGUCAAAAUUGCUAACCGUGCCACUGAUUUGGCAAAUUCCAUCCCCAGCAGCAGACGAUGUAGACUUGCCACAAGUCGACCAUGGCGGAGGGAGAGAGGGCGCGUGGAAGGGAACGCGCCACCCGAGCGACGAAGUCGCGAGUGGCCGACUUGUGUCCCUUGCAGGAAUUUAAAUCGCAUUAAAAAUUUUGGCGCGAAUAAUUUUGACAUAAAAAGGGUGUGUACAUUUCAUACAAUUACUUCACGGCGCCGACAAUGUCUACAAAAACACAAAAGCAUUCUCAAGAAUUGAUAUUUCGUUGUCCUCGAAAGGAUCGUGACUAAAACACCACACGAGUACAUACGAGUAACAUACGAGUAACACACAAGUACAUACGAGUACAUACGAGUAACACACCAGUACAUACGAGUAACAUACGAGUACAUACGAGUAACAUACGAGUACAUACGAGUACAUACGAGUAAAACACAAGUACAUACGAGUACAUACGAGUACAUACGAGUAGAAUACAAGUAAAAUACGAGUAAAAUACGAGUAGUAAACUUGUUUUUAGUGUUUGUAGAUUGAAUGAAGGCAAAAAGAUCGUCUUCUCUGUCGAAAAACGUGGAAUGGAGGAACGGGCAAUGGGGAACGGGCAAUGGGAGAACGGGGAAUGCGGGAACGGGGGAACGAAAAACGGGGGGGGACAGGGGAAUCGGGGAAUUAUGAAUUAUUAUUAAUACGUAAUAUUAAUCAUAUGUACGGGGGGGAAAAGAACAGAAAAAAGAAACAGAAAUUCGACAGGAUAAACGGCAAUCGGGGAAUUACGAAACUAUAAAACGGACUCUGGUGUCUUGGGAAUUAGAAAACCGCUCAAUGAAUUAAAACUAGUAAAGAAAUUUAGCGAAGCUUUCCUUUAUUAGUACAGCGUAUCAUAAAAAGGUCAAUCCACAUUGCUUAUGUCCGAUCAUUAAGUAAUAUUAAUAAUAAUACCAUUGCUUAUGUCAUUACUAAUAUACUUGCUAUGUAAUAAAGCAAACUUAAGGACUAGAUGCAAGCCCAAGGCAGUCCUUAUGCUCCAUAUGAUAUCUUAAAGUGAUUAUCCUAUUUUAAAUAUCUUACAAAGCAAAACUAACAAAACACAAAAUACUUCAAAAUACGCAGAUUUUAAGCUAGCAAUUUAAGUUGGCAAGUACGUUUCUAAAGGACCCAGCCGAACUCUCCUGCAAGCCUUUGGACGUGCUCCACCUUGAAAAGGGAAGGAAAGUCUGGAGGAACGAGAACGUCCCCAAGAAAGCUUGGAUACUUUGCUCUGAUGCAGGCUGAUCGGAAAUGAAAAUGCACGUUCUGAGGCUCACUUGAAAACUGGAUUUGUCCUGCAGGGCCUUUUUUAACAUACAAGCUGGGGGGCCAUUUGCCCCACCCCCAGUCCCCCCUUGUGCCCCCCCCACACGAAAUCACAUUUUGCACCCCUCCCAGAAAAAGUCCCUUUUCCUAAAUUUAUACAAACAAACCAGCGAAGAAUAACAAAUUGAUAAACGGAACGUAAGUUUUAGGCUUUAUCCUUUGUCCUUGUUUAACGAAUCGAUUUAAAGGACUGUGUCACCGCGUGCGCAUCCUACGUGUUUCUAACACUAAGUAAUGAUAAAUUAUUGUUAAUAUUUUUUAAAUUCUUUGUGCGUUUUUCCUUCUUUUAUUUCAAAUAGAAGUAUAGUUAGGAUAAAUUUUAGAGCAAAUUUAGAUGCUCAGACGGCAGGAAAUGGCAUUUUUGGGCUUCAAAUUUCAAAACUUUUCUGGUGAAGUAUGCCCCCAGACCCCCCUAUUCAUUCACGGUAUGUCGGCCACACAUGGCCAUUGCUAUCCCCCUUUAAUAAUAAGUAAUGGAUAAAUUAUUGUUUAAUAUUUCUUUUAUUUUUUCUGCAUUUUUUCCUUUUAUUUCAAAUACAAGUAUAAUUAGCAUAAAUUUUAGAGCAAGGAAAUGGCAUUUGAAAAGUUCAAAUUUAAAACAUUUUCUGGGGGAGUAUGUCGGCCACACACGUGGCCGUCGGCCUUUGCUAUCCCCCUCUAAUAUAUUAUCUCACAGAAAGGUCCCUUUUCAAAAAAUGCCCCCCCCCCCACGGGAAAAUCCUUAAAAAAGGCCCUGUUGUCCUGUAUUUCGGUCUCGGAACUGUCGUAUGUCGUCACGGUAUACGUUAACUGUGUAGUUCGUAUAUUUGCCUAGCCACAUGUUGUGAUUGAGGCUAUGUGAGGAUUGUAAGUUUAUCACCUAGUACUAUUUAAGUAUAGAUGCAGUUAGGUUAUGUGCAUGCUCACAGGGUUUUGAAAGCAAACCAUGCCGUGAAAUAUGUGAAGCCUAUGGUUUGUGUCAUGUAUCCAACUAUCUAGUUAGAAUACCUAAAAGUAGAUGUUGUACAAACUACAAAGUUGUGGUUUAUAGAAUCGGGCAGACCUCCCCCGCCCCCUAUUUCCUCCCCCCCCCCUCGCCCCACCAUUCCCUCCAUUCCCCGUCCCCCCAUUCCCCACCACCCCAUUCCCGCAUUCCCCGUUCUCCCAUUUCCCGUUCCUCCAUUCCCCCAUUCCCCGUUCCUCCAUUCCUCCAUUCCCCCAUUCCACGUUUUUCGACAGAGAAGACGAUCUUUUUGCCUGUAUUCAAUCUACAAACACUAAAAACAAGUUUACUACUCGUAUUUUACUCGUAUUCUACUCGUAUGUACUCGUAUGUACUCGUAUGUACUUGUGUUUUACUCGUAUGUACUCGUGUGUUACUCGUAUGUACUCGUAUGUUACUCGUAUGUACUCGUGUGUUACUCGUAUGUACUCGUAUGUACUUGUGUGUUACUCGUAUGUUACUCGUAUGUACUCGUGUGGUGUUUUAGUCACGAUCAAAAUUCUGCGCGUAUCGUUGGUUCAGUAGCUCUGUUGCCGGUUGUAUAUAAAAACAGUUCAACGAAUAACUUUGCAGUCUGAGCUGUUGAUAUCACAGAGACCUUUGUACUAUAAGUAUAACAGUAUUUUAGUAAAAUUUGAUAGUCAUGUGAUAGCUGCAUAAAAGCUAAGCAAGUACUUUUGAUGUUUUGAUAUCAUUGUAUAGUUGAAAUAGAAUAGAUAAGUGAUCUGUAUAUUAGUAUAUAUGGGAAUAUUAAUUUUCAACCAUACUUGGCAGUUUGGGUUCUGUUAUUAUGUUCAAUUAUUUUCACUGUGAUUUAUUAAAUACUUGGUAUUACUGUAUACAGUAUGCUUGCUAAGGCCUGCUUACUGUAUUAAAGUAGAGUAGUUGGUGGAAUUAUUUGAUCAAUACAGCUUUAUGGCAUUACAGAGAAUGUAGUAAAUUAAAAAUAUGAUAACAUUUCAGAUAAUCAGGCUUACACACUUGUAUGUUGAUGUCAGUUGCAAUGCCAAACUCAUAGAAUAUAUAAGUGAGUAUUGUGAGUCUGAAGAAUUUUGAUUGACAGUAUUUGUGUUUUACUGACGUGAAACUGUGCCGGUUUUUAUUGCAAAAUAGGGCGAGUUUAGGCGAGUUAAGCAAAAUUCUGUCAACUUCCCAUUGCGAGAUAAGGCGAGAUUGGGCGAGUUAAGCAAAAUUCGAUCAAUUUCUAUUGCGAGAUAGGGCGAGUUAAGGCGAGUUAAGGUCCCAGAGUAGGCCUUAAAUAUCAGCAACCAAGAUACACUGAAGCGAAAAUACAAGUCAAAAAAAUCGAAUAAGAAAUCUAAGACGUCUGAGGAGCAAAGCAAAGACGAACAACGGUGUAUAACUGAUUCACUUAAUUUCUAAAACCACUCAAACCUCUCAACCGAUUAACGAGGUGAGUAAUGCAAUAAAAAUACAACUAGUUCUCCUAAAAGCAUCCAAUCUCCAAGCAAAAAAGUCACGGUAUAGUUGCUGGAGAUUCUAUAUUGAAGCAUGUAGAAGGAUGGCGUCUAUCGAACGCGAGUAACCAUGUGGUAGUCAAGAGUUUCUCAGGAGCUACAACUUCUGAUAUGGAAGACUUUUUAAGACCAGUGCUCCGAAAGGAGCCGAACAAAAUAAUUUUACAUAUAGGUACGAACGAUAUAAACUAUCAAACUGCCCAAACGGUAGCAGAGGGAGUAUUAAAUCUAGGCAUACAAAUUACUCAAGACUCGCCUACAACAGAUAUAGUGAUCUCUGGGAUACUUCCAAGAACCGAUAAACCAAAUUUGAUGUCCAAGGUGAAUCAGGCAAACAGAUUAAUAAAAGCAUUUUGUAUUGAAAAGAACUGGGCAUUUCUAGAUCAUGAGUCUUUCAACUCAACUUGCUCGAGGACUACAUUUAAAUCGAAAAGGAACUAGUAUAUAUUAGCCAGAAAUAUAUCUAAGUAUAUUAGUACUGAUUAGGAUAUUGCCAUUUGUGAGUCUGCUUCCAUUUCACCUACCCAUCCUGCAGCCUUUGACAAAUCGCCUUACUCAAAAUUAUUCAAGCGGGGCCUUGUGCAUGAUGGCAUCACUGAACAUUAAUAGCCUAACUGCUCACAUUGAUGAAGUGAGAAUUUUUACACAUGAUACAAAUAUUGAUAUAUUAGCCAUUAAUGAAACCAAACUAGAUGCCUCUGUCCACAGCAAUGAAGUAAAUUUACCAGGAUACGAGAUCAUUCGAAAAGAUCGCAAUAUCAAUGGUAGACAUGGUGGUGGGGUAUGUAUUUAUGUACGUAGUAAUUUAAAUUUUAAAGUUCGCAAUGAUUUCAUGAACGACAAGCUAGAGUGUCUAAUUGUUGAGAUAUCCAAGCCUCGAUCUAGGCCGUUUUUGGUAGGUACUUGGUAUAGACCACCCAAUUCUCCUAGAGAAUUAUUAAAUCUAUUUGAAAACACAAUCGAUCGAAUCGAUGCUGAAAACUCUGAAUUAUACUUUCUUGGAGACCCAAAUUGUAAUUUAACUGCUCAAAUCUCUGAUGCAAACACUUCUGAUUUGUUAAAUAUCCUAGACACUUAUGGUCUGACACAAUUAAUCUCUGAACCAACUAGAAUAACACCAGUUUCACAAACCUUAAUUGACGUAUGCAUUACUAAUUACCCAGAGAAAGUGACCUCUUCCGGUGUCCUCUCGCUGGGUAUAAGUGACCAUUCACUUGUCUAUAUGAUUCGCAAAUCUGGUUACCCAAAGACAACAGGAAGGACUAUUAAAAGGAGAGAUUUUAAACACUUUAAUGAGACAAACUUCCUUGAUGGUCUUUCCCAGCUAAAUUGGGAUGUUAUUCAAAGUUAUGAUGAUCCAAACGACAUGUGGAGAGUUUGGGUUGACACGUUGAUGAACGUAGUGAAUAAACAUGCCCCAAUAAGGGAGACUAGAAUUGGUAAAAAAAGAUCACCUUGGAUCACUCCUAAUAUCCUACAACAAAUGCGUUCAAGAGAUUAUUUUAAAAAGAAGUUUGAAACCACUAAAGACAUUUCUACUUGGAAUUUAUAUGAGAAAGCUAGGAACGAAGUGAACAGCAAUCUGAAACAAUUGAAACGUGACUAUUUCAGUACCAAUCUUGACUGAGCAAAAAAUGACCCGAAGAAAAUCUGGAAUCUUAUAAAUCAACUUAGUUCUCGUAAUGUUAGCAAACGCUCUACUGUUAAUAGAGUUGACUUUAAUGGUGCAGAAGUAACCGAUACGCAUGAAAUAGCUGAGGCAUUUAACACACAUUUUACCGAGAUAGGUGAAAACCUGGCUAAAAGUAUUCCUAUAAUUGAUGUCAACCCAAUAUCUUAUAUUAACUCUACAAAUAGUGUGUUUUCCAUAAACACAAAAAAAUCUAGUGGUCCCGACAACAUUCCAUGCAAAUUACUAAAGUUAGCUAGGGAUGUUGUAUCCCCUUCCCUGACGCAUAUAUUUAACAAAUCACUUUGCCCUAGCAUAUACCCAAAAGAAUGGAAAAUCGCCAAUGUCAUGGUGCCAAACACGACUUCAACAAUUAUCGUCCAAUCUCAAUUAUUUCAGCCGUUGCAAAAUUAUUUGAAAGUAUUAUUCACGACCAAUUUGAUUACUAUUUAACGUGCAAUAAAUUACUGAAUAAAUGUCAGUCUGGAUUUCGAAACAACGAAUAGGUGGUCGAUAAAUAUCGACAAUGGACUACUCAAUGGUGUAGUUUUUAUCGACUUAAAAAAAGCUUUCGAUACUAUUGAUCACGCAAUUCUUCUGGAUAAACUUGCUCAAUACGGGGGGUUGAUGAAAACGCAUUAACAUGUUCCACUCUUAUCUAACCGAUCGUACACAAAGAUAUUGUGUAAAUGGACAUCUAUCUAGUAAUCGACCAAUCACUUACGGUGUCCCCCAAGGUUCAAUAAUAGGUCCCCUUUUAUUCUUGGUCUAUAUCAAUGACUUGCCGAACUGCCUGAACAAUGGCUUAUCGAGUAUGUACGCGGAUGACACAAAUAUUAGCUUUCAAAGCUCUAAUCUUUCUGAUCUUGAAGAAAUUAUGAACACCGAGCUGAGUAGUUUAAACACCUGGCUCAAUGCGAACAGAUUAAGCUUAAAUAUUACUAAAACUGAAUUCAUGGUCAUUGGCUCUCGACAGAGGCUGAUGUACCAUGAUGUUAACAAUCUUAAUAUAUGCGUAGAUAACACUCAAAUUAAAAGUGUACAGCACACGAAAUCCUUAGGUGUAACAAUUGAUGAAAAUUUAACUUGGAAGAACCAUAUUGAUACUAUCUGUAAAAAAGUAUCCUCAGGAAUUGGUGCCCUCAAACGAGUGAGGCGAUUUGUAAACAGGGAAAUUGCAGUGAAAGCGUACAAAGGCUUAAUUGAGCCUUACCUUAAUUACUGCUGCCCGGUUUGGGACGGUAUUGGCAGCGAGCUGAGCAGUAAGUUACAAAAGUUACAAAACCGUGCUGCUCGUAUGAUCACGGAAAGCACAUAUGAAAACUCCUCGAAUUCUUUACUGCAGGAGUUAAACUGGCACCAGUUAUCUCUUAAUCGCAAAAAGCAUAAAGCAAUUCUUAUGUAUAAAACUAUAAACAAGAGGGUACCGGAAUAUCUACAAGACAUAUUUAUUUCGCGAUCUUGUCCUUACAGAUUGAGAAACAAUGAAAAUACAUUAUUUGUCCCUAAGCCACAUACAGAUUAUCUAAAGCGCUCACUCAGCUACGAUGGAGCUGUUUUAUGGAAUAGUUUACCAACUGAACUUCGUUCGGCGCAAUCUCUUAGCGCUUUUAAACGAGGUCUAGAAUGUUGGUUAGCUUAGAUUCACACACGGCAAUCAUGUAAAUCAGUACUGUUCUGUCUUUUGUAAAUAGCAUUUGUAUUUUUUUCCCUUUUCCUCCUUUUUCUAUACUUUAUAUAUAUCUAUAUUAUGUAAAUUUUUACUGAUGAUUCUACCGUGUCAAAAUAAAGUUUAUAAUAAUAAUAAUAAUAAUAAUAACCAGAUACCGCUCGUAACGGCCCUGAUAAGAAUGCAUUCAUCAAUGUGUAUCGCAAUUGCAUCGAAUGCAUUAUGGCAGUAAAGCAUGGCAGUUCGCGAACUAUUCUUCUCAGGGUAACAGUGGCAUAGAUAUCUUAUAUACACUAGAUAGCGCAUCUCUUUUAGUAAAAUUGAAGCCAUGUUGGCAACUUCGUACCCAGGCUCUUACCUUCGCUCGCCCUCCGCUGCGGAAAGAUUAACAUAACGUUCAUCAUUUCAAUACUUUAAAAAUGUAUUUGGAAUAGGUUUAACUUAAUGUUUAAGUUAAGUUCUCUGUUUAAGAAAUAGAAAACAUACGAAUCUUUUCAUUUAUGGGAAUAUCCUGAGUCUGCAAUCACGGCUUCAGUUUUUGAAUUGCAGAAUAAUUGGAUGAACUAUCUAGUGUAUAUAAGAUAUCUAUGAACAGUGGCCAUCAAGAUAUUAUGCAAUAAUAAUAAUAUGAUAUUAUGCAGUAAUAAAUUUAUGUGGUGUUUCCACAAACAAAACUAUUAUAUGUCUUAUCGCCAUGCAAACGUACAAAGAACUUAUUACCUCCGCCAGGAGGUUAUGUAAUCAUCUGGGUUUGUAUGUGUGUGUGUAUGUGUAUGUGUGUGUGUAUGUUUGUGUGUUUGUCUGUCUAUGAGCACGAUAACUCAAGAAAUUCCAAACAUAUUCAUACGAAAUUUUUUGCGGUAUUUCCCAUCGGCUAAGGAAGAACUGAUUAAAAUUUGGUUAAAAAUUGAACGAGAAUGCGUAAUUAGGACGUGUAUAAUGUAUGCACGCAGUACUAAGACAAUAAUGAGAUGAUAAACCUCAUUAAGCUUCAGCCUUCGUUAUCUAUUGUCUUAGUUGCAUUUCACACACCGAAAUUCAAUGCGGGCGGAGGUAUGCAGUCUCUGAGUGCCCUCUAGUUAUAUUAUGCAACAAUUUUCUUGUUAUUUUGUUCUUCGCAAGCAUUUUUCUUAUGAAAAUAACCCCUUUCCGUCCAGCCGUCAUGCUUGGUUUGCAUAGCUUGUAAAAAAGCUGUUUAAUUACGAGAACUAUACCAAAAUCGUAUGAGAUUGUGUUUCAAAAAAGACCGCAAAUUUUGUUGUUAUGAACGUCACUCGCCCAAGGAUUCGAAGGGUUAAUUAAGUAGGCCUACGGCUCAUGAAAAGCAUGCCUGUUUGAAUCAAAAUUAAUCUUUUUAGUCGACUAAAAUACGAAUUAAGUUCGGCUGAUGAAAAGUACGGCGUCUAAACCGGGCCUUACGUGUGAUGGGCGAUAACGUUGAGAAUAUGAUUGAGAGGUAUCCAUACGAAAAUUUCACGUUCAUAUGAUUCCAUAUGUGAAAAUUCCUUUUCACAUGUGAAGUGUUUCAAUUCUAUGUAAUAAUAAUUUUACAUGUGAAAUUGAUUUUUACAUAUGAUUCUUUAAUUUCACAUGUGGAAAAAUAUGAAAUCAGCAUUUUCACAUGUGAAAUAUUCCAAUUGCACAUGAAAUUUCACAUGUGAAAUGAUAUGUAAACUUUCCGCAAGGGUAAGGGUAAAUGGUGAAGUAAUAUUUGCAACAAAAUUACAGUGCACCUUGUAACAAAAUCUGAUUUCGGGGUUUGUUAGUUAAAAAUGUUUAUACGAAUUUUGUCUCAUUAUUAUUAUUAAUAUUAUUAGAGAACAAUUACGUCAAAGAGGUUCUAGUGUUGUGAACCAAAUUCAUCAGCCAAUACUUGAUGAAAAGGCGGCAGAUUUCAUAGAAAAUCAAAUGGUUGUGUUUUUUGAUGAUCCACGUGAAGAUCCAAAUGCUACCACCUAUGGCCGACAUAUUGAGGAGUUGCGAAACGUCAUAGUUGACUACAUGAAGAAACUUUAUAACCGAAUGAAAGAUGAACAUGCACCCAAACCGAACAGGAAUGCUGUGGAUAAAAAAGUGGACGAUUUUAUAAAAGGGAAUUAUGUUGUGGAUGUGGCCGCUAAAGAGAAGUGGUUGGAUGAAAGCAGAAACACCCAGAAAAGUUUAAGGGUGUUUAACGAAACUAAAGAGAAAGUUGACGAUAUGUUUAGAAAACUGAAAUACCAUACAAAUGACAUGGUGGAUAGUUGGGUGAAGGAACUUUAUUUAUUAAAUAAGUAA